ACUCCCUCUCUCCUCCCCCGGCAUCGCUGGAGCGACUCGGGCUGUCUGCCUGCUUGCCUGGCUCCCUCGCAAACCAACAUGGAGUAGCAGCGCAAGAGAUGGGGCUCUGGCGGGGCCACCCCACGGCGACGACGACGCGAUUUUAACAUUAUAAUCACAGCGACCGUCGUGUGGAGGACAUUUUGGGGGGGAGCGAGAGGGGCAAAAAAAACGACAACGAGCCAGCACCUGAGGGCGAGUCCAUAUUGUCCUGCAAGGAGGGGGGAGCUUGCGUCGGACGAACACUACCUGCUGGCCCUCUGAAAAGUUGGAGCAUAUCGGGAGGAGAGGGGCUCGACAUUUGCAAUCGAAAAGCAGCUGGCUGGCGAGGUAGAAGAGGAGGGAGGUGAAGUGGGACGGCUCGCAUUGCACACAAAAGACUUCCAGUCGGAUACUUUGGUGAUAAAUGUGGAUUUGUAGCGGGGAUCGACGCGAUGACGAGGCCGAAGAAGAACGCAUCCGCCGCGCUACGUGACCUGAGGUGAAGCGAGGAAACAUGAUAGAAGAAGAAACACACCCAAACGAUGACAGCUACAUCGUGCGUGUGAAAGCGGUGGUCAUGACGCGGGACGACUCGAGUGGAGGCUGGCUGGCCCAGGAUGGGGGCGCCCUCAGUAGGGUGGGGGUCUGCCGCCUGCGGCCGCCCGAGCUACCCCAGCUACCACCCUCUGGCAGUUGCCAGUUCCUCAUCCGGGGCGAGCGGAUACGGGACAAACUGGUAAUAAUGGACUGUCCGUUAAGGAAGGACUUGGUCUACACCAUUGCCACGCCCACUUUUCACCACUGGAAGGUGGAAGACCGGAGGUGUGGUCUGUCCUUUCAAAGUCCCGCCGACGCCAGGGCUUUCGACAGGGGGGUGCGGAAAGCCAUCGAGGACUUGGCGGAAGGUUCCACGACCUCCUCUACAGCACUCCAGAACGAGGGCGAGCUGGGCGACGACGACGUCUUCACCAACGCCACCGACAGCUCGUCCAACUCCUCUUCCCAGAAGCUGGAGAGCUGCCUGCCGCCGCUCGAGUCCUCGCCUCUUCCGCAGAGGCACAGGUGCAUGCUGGGAUAUCGUCACAACCUCCAUGAAUCAUACCGGCUCUCGGACCACUACCUGCUGGACCAGCCUUUGUCCCGGCUUCCCCAUGUCACCUUUCAGGAGGACGAGGAAAUCGUGCGCAUCAACCCGCGCGAGCGCAGUUGGGAGCGAGCGAGUGACCGCGUCAGCGAGCGGCUCCACGCGCGCCCGUCAGACCGCUCCUGGCUCACGGGCUACGAGGACUACCGCCACGCCACCAUGCGCGACAAGUUCAUCCAGAUGGAUGAGACAGAAUCCUACGUCCACUUUGCCAAGACAGAGGCACAGAAGCACGACUACACGUACCCGUUGGCGCCCGCCCUGGUGCCCUCAGACUCGGACCCAGCUCUUGGACCCUUUGCCGUUAAGGGCCACCACGGCGGGUCCUACCGCCAGGGCUUUUCCGUGGUCUCCACACAGCCUCGGUCCUUCCUGCCAAGCUCGUCCUUGUCCACCAACGGGGUGAAGGGCCGCAAGGAGGACGGCCUGGAGCGGGCCCACUGCGAGCACUGUGGUGAGGCCUUCUUGGUGGCCGAGAAUAGGCGGGGCCGGUGCCAGGACGCUCCGGACCCUGUGCGGGGCUGCGUCCGGCGGGUCAGCUGCAUGUGGCUGGCGGACACCAUGCUCUACCACUGCAUGUCUGACCCGGAAGGAGACUACUCGGAUCCGUGCUCCUGCGACGGGGGUGAGGGCGGCCGGCUGGGCACGCGCUGGCUGGCCCUGCUGGGUUUGUCUCUGGUGGCACCCUGCCUCUGCUUGUACCCGCCGCUGAAUGCAUGUCACCGGGCAGGCCUAGCAUGCGGUUGCUGCGGGGGCCGACAUAAGGCCCUCAGCUGAAAGGACGAAUGUAAUAAAACAGAAACCAACGCAAGCACAGGGAAGGACAGGGACGAACCGCUGAGGGUUUGCUUGUUCGCCUGACAAUUCCUGGAACUGAAAUAAGCCAAAAAGUCAAGAAAAACUGGUGCAUUUUCUAAGAGGCCUGGGAAGAUAAGCUCCCCCGAAAGGCAGACACUUGUCUCGUCUCUCCACGCUCAAUUUCCGGGCAAGAGACAGUACUCCUUUUCAGGGGGCCUUUUAUUUUCUGUUUUUGUUUUAUAGCUGAACAUAUAUGUAUCACAUAUGCAGGUACUUUAUACUUUGUACACUGACUUUGGCAUCAGAGAAUUUGAAUUGUAGUGUUCCCCCGUGGAUACGAGGACCGAGCCCUGCUGCAAAUAAGCUGACGUCCGUUGUAAUUGACGCACCUCUAAAAAGCUUUAGAAUCGCCGAUUGAUGCCACAAGAUGGCGUUAAAGCUCGACUUGUCUAUUAGACAGGGCUAUGGCUUGACUACAUAAAGCUUCCCCUCACUUCAACAUAGUUCUUUGGCACCAAAGCAAUAUUUUUAUAUGAAACGUGGCUUUGGCCUGAGCACAAAAACAGCGAUUGUGAGUUUUUCAGCAGAUAAGAGAUGAUUGGUUCCAAAAACAAAUUCAAAGACAUAAGGGGGAAUAUUGUACUCUUUUCUUUGGUCUAUUAUUUACGUUCCUAUUCCGGUAUCCCUGUUGCGAUCGAGACACUACACCUCACACGUGAGUCUACAUCCUACCACUCAAAAUAUCCCAAAGAUUUUAUUUAUUUUCUCAUUGUACUGAUCCACCAGCAGAACAAAAAGUGAGGUUUUGGCUUUGUGGUUCACUCGUGGUGCCUCCAGUCACACUCGCCAAUUAUUAUUAUGAUUAUUAUUCCAAAAGGUGCCUCAAAUAUAACCACCAAAAUCCGGAAACCCUGCCAUUCUUGGGAAUUCAGUGUCAGAAAUUUGUUUUGUUUUGUUUUGUUUUUGCUGCCACUUGCCUUAACAAUCCGGAGCGAAUUUCCGAUUUCCGUCACAGAACUCGUAACGCGCGGUGCCAAACUUGGUCAAAACUAUUUUUUUAUACUUCAAAAUAAGACUCAUCUGCGACAUACAAUCGGCUAUGGUCAACGGUCACAUAAGAAUGGCACCGACUCAAAACCACAAAUCCCAACAAACUGAAUUUAUACUGUACAUUUUGACCACUUACCUCGGCAGGUGGCAAAAUAUUGACAUAUUUAUGAAAGUUUUUAGCAUUGCUUUCUGUGUACUUUAAAAAUGAUAUGGUGUCCCUCCUUUGUUAAAUCUAAACAAAUACAUUAAGCAACAUGUUAAAACCAAAACUAUCGCUCUGUCAUAAGUGAUACAUGGAUAAAACCAUCCAUCCGUUCUACCCCGCCUAUCUGGGGUCAGGUCGCAGGGGAAGCAGCUUGAGCCCAAGCCACCUCAUCUGGCUGCUCUCGACGUGGAGGAGCAGCGGCCAAACUCUGAGACCCCUGCAGGAUGACCAAACUUCUCACCUUAUCUCUAAGGGAGAGCCCGGACAACCUGCGGAGGAAACUCAUCUCGGACGCUUGUAUCCAGGAUCUUGUUCUUUCGGUCACAACUCACAGCGAGUGACCAUCGGUGAGGGUAGGGAUGUAGAUCAACCGGUAAAUCGAGAGUUUUGCCUUUCGGCUCAGCUCCUUCUUCACCAUGUCACACCGAUACAGAGUCCGCCUCACUGCAGACGCUUACACCGGUCCGACUGUCGAUUUCGCGCUCCAUCCUGCCCUCACUCGUGAACAAGACCCCAAGAUACUUAAGAUCCUCCACUUGGGGCAAAGAUACCAUCUCCGACCCGGAGAGGGCACUCCACCCAUUUCCGACCGAGGACAAUUUAAGGGUGCUGAUUUUCUUCCCAAGCGCUUCACAUUCUGCUGCGAACCGCACCACUGAGAGUUGGAGCUCGCACCUUGAAGAAGCUAACAGUACCAUAUCGUCUACAAAAAGCAGAGAGGCAAUACUGAGGCUACCAGAUUAUAUAACACCAUUCUGAUUUAAUUUAGUCCAUCAUGAAGUAUACGCAACAAUUAUGCACUCAUCAACAUAUUGGAAGAAAGUCAGCUGCGAUAAAAUGCGUUAGCUACUUAUGUAACUUAAGCUACAGAAACACAUGAAGACAUCCAAAAAAAUUUGUGAAUAUAAUAAAGGAUUUUUUCAACUUCAUCCUCUGAUGUCCAUUAAAAAAAAGACAUUUGGUGUCAGAAAAAUACAUCACAUACACAACAUCAAUAUCUAUUGUUGGCGUACCAAUACAGUCCCGAUAUCGGUGUAUAAAUACUGUACCAUUAUGCGAUGUCGAUGCAGUACUGAUAACUAUUGUUAGCGUAUUUAUAAUAGUCUGUACUGAUAUCUGAUAUUUGGUGGUGGUGUGUCGAUGUCGCACCAAUUGCAGAUGUUGAAAUAUUGAUACAGCGCUGAUAGCUGAUGUUGGCGUAUCUGUACUAUACCAAUAUCUGACAUCGGCAUAUUAACUCUGCAUCAAUAUCUUAUAUUGGUCUAUCGAAGGUGCACUGACUUGACAUUAGCAUAUUGAUACAGUAUGAUACCUGACAAUGGUCCAUCGAUACAGUAUUGAUAUCGGCGUAUGGAUACAGUACUGAUAACUGAUGCUUGAGUAUCCAUACUGCACAAUAUCUGAUAUUAGAACAUCUAUAUAUCCAUACUGAAUUGAUACGCAAUGUUGGCAUAGCUAUAUUUUACUGGUAUCUGAUAUUUACUCUACUGAUAUCUGAUAACGGUGUAUGAAUUCAGCACUGAUAUAAUAGUGUUUCUGUACUGCACCAAUAUUGGUAUAUUGAUACUGUAUUUGAUAUCUAAUGUUGGUAUAUCUACACUGUACUGAUAUUGCAAUAUUUUGUUCCACCCUAAGCUGGAAUCAGUUUGACAUAAAGGUUUCACCUAAAUGUGUAUUUAAAAAGAAAAAAAAAGAUAUCUAUAGUGUUUAAAAGGACAAAGGUGUUGUUUUUUUUGUUUGUUUUUUCCGACUAAAAUCUAGGAAAUAAAGCUCCCAUCCCAAUUGUGGUGCUAAGGAAAUGUCACCUACUAUAGUUGAAGUCCAGAAUGGCUGAGGAUGUCCUUUUACCUUGAGUCCGUCUCGCACGUCCUGUGUUUUUGCGUCCUUGGUGUGUUUUUUUUACCUCCUGACGUUGCAUCUGCGGUGAUUAAAAAAAAAAAAUCCCCUUUGUGGUGUCACACAUCAGGGAGAGAGACAAUCAGAAUAGGACGGUGUGCGUUUGUCUUUUUUUUCCUCUCCGUCCACUCUUUUGUGUGUCCUUUCAGAGCCAAUUUACAAGUGCCUGAACGCAUCGUCUCUUCUGCCGCAUAUUAAAGUUGAGAAGUUAUUA